GACUUUUGUUAGCGGCUGUUAAAAAUCAUUCAUUCUUCACGCUUCAAUGGCUUUGGGAAGGGCCGGGAGACGCAGACGUUGCGCAGGUACACAAACAGUUGACGCUUUGAUUUUUUUUUUUGGUCUUCAACUUGUCUACAUGUUCAAGUGGAGAGUGAAAACUUGUUUUGAUGUGUUUUAUAUGACGCCUUUUUUCUCUACAAGUACUAUACAAAUAAAUAAGUUUUGUUUGAGUUAUAAAACAUAUACGCACUUAAUGGCAUUAAUAUCACCUAUUGAUUUUGUCCAGAAUAGUUUGUAUUACCUACUCGUAUUCUUUAUGCAUUACCACAUUGCUAGUAAUUGAACCCGAUAUCGUGUGUGCAUAUUUUCUUAUCAUAAUAAGUGCGGUGUUUUUCAGUUAUUGGAAAUGUUAACAGUGUUUACCGUGAACGUUAACGGCUUACACAACUCCGACUAUUUCCGUUGUAGUUAGUAACUGAUAUGCAAAUAUACAUAGGCAUAAAAUUCCUUAUAUUGUUUUUUUUUCGUUAAAUAAUGGCCCCUAUGACCGGCAGACGGUUUUUAACAUACUACGUAGUGUGCAGUGCACCUUUGACAAUCCUCUAUCCUUGUCAUGCAAUAAGCCAUCAAUAUGUCCUUCCUCGUCUUUACUCCCCAUUACAAAGUACGGACAGCAUAAAGCAUUUUCUCGAGCGGCGCGCGCGUAAUUUUGUUUGAGGUUAUGUUAGUAUUAAUUCGUCAUUCGCCUUAGGCGAACGUGCCGCGUCGGGCAGCUUGUCGCCGGCUGCAAUCGUGUAGUGCAUCAGCUGCGUCGAUCGAUAUGAUUUGUGUUGUGCCGCCUUCUACAUAUAAAGUUUGAAUGAGCGAUUUGAAACUUAACGACUUUUAAUAUGAUCGCGACUUUUGAACUAAAGUGCCAAACGAUCGCCGAUGUCUGCAUGACUUGGAUAAAUUAAAAAAAGGGCUUGGUGAGCCAUGGGUGCGCCGGCUUGGGGCUCGCGCGGCGGCGGCGAUCGGCCGCGGCUGCUCCGCAUGACGCCGCUGCGGCACAGCUUCGCGGCGCCCGCCUCGCCGCCCGCGCAACCGCCCCCGCGCUCCCACGACUACGCCUCCGACGCCGAUACUAAUAAGAAAGAAGAAAGUUGGAACGCAAACCUGUCACAAAGAUGGAGAAAGUUGCGCCGCCGUUGCUCGAGGCUACGACCUGGAUCUGGCAACCGAGAGCCUAGCCCCGUGCGAUGCUCGCCUUCUCCGCCGCGCCCGCCUGCACACUGCUCGCCGGCGCCGCCGGCUAAGCUAUCCUUCAGACAUCGUGGGAAAGUGUACACCACGGCAUCACUACGAGUGACUAAUGGAGCGCCUGAUCUCCUUCGUGCCUUAGGCAAACUCGGGGGAGGUCUCCGACGACGGGCUCUUUCUGCGCAUGAUGUCCUUUCCCCGCAACAGCAGCAACAACCGGCUACCUUCUACGUUCCUAGCCCAACCGCUGUGAGAUCACCACCAUCACCUUCUCCUCCGCGGCAAAGUACUCUGCGUCGGCGAUGUAGCUCUCCAAACGUAUAUCGCGCUAAAGCUUCGCCUGCGCCUCGCGAUCGUGCUCCCUUAAUCUGUCCAGACGAUGAAAAUCGCGACGUAGUAGACUUUAAUUAUAUACCAGAACGUAGAAAGAGUAGUGAAUCAAGAACUCGAAGGCCUUAUAGUGAAAACGUUGAAUUAGAUGCCCCGGUGUAUAGAAAUGGAUACAGUCGCUUAACGCCAGAGCCAGCACAAAGGUUGUGGGAAGAGCCUUACCGCUUGCCGCGAGUGCAGGCUCGACAGGACCCUAUGCAGCCGCUGCGCAACGGCGUGGCCGAGCUGCGCGUGAGUGCGACGCCUAGGAGCGCGCGCCCGCCGCCUGCGCCUCCUACUUCAGGACAACAGACCAAACGACCACCGCCGCCAGAACCACGCGACGGGGUACAGUCCUUUGAGGUUCGGUUCACCAAAUCAGCAGGAGGAAAAGGCCUCGGGUUCAGCAUCGUGGGUGGCCGGGAUUCUCCGCGAGGCAACAUGGGCAUCUUCGUCAAGACUAUCUUCAAUAACGGACAAGCUGCCGAAUCGGGCUUACUACGAGAAGGAGACGAGAUCGUAUCAGUAAACGGGCGCGGCACGGCGGGCCUGACGCACGGCGAGGCCAUCCGACUGUUCAAGGACGUGCGCGCGGGCCCGGUGCUGCUGCGCGUGGCGCGGCGGGCGCCGGCGCCGACGCGCUGACUGCCCUGCGCCUGCUGCGGCCCACCGCACCAGGCGCAAACUGACUUUUACUCUACCUUGUAAAUACUUACGUACUUUAGGCCUAAAAAUGUCUGCGUGAUUUCCCUAAACAAAAAUGAAGUUAAUCUGAGAUGAUAUAGCUAAGUUCUUUCCACCUAUAGCAAUAAAUUAGACACCCUUAGUUCGUUAACACUAAUGGGCUGUCCGGCGUACAUAAAUCUAGGUACAUUGAAAAUCAGGAUCCCAUAAGCACCAAAGAAUACUUGAACAGUUCGGUUAUGUUAUGUACUGUCAACGAGAAUUUGAAAUAAAGGUGUAUUGCCAAAUAAAACUUUGUAGCGACGUAAAUUUACUGCCAUCUUUCGACACAUAAUUGAAACUUUUAGAACGCCAUUUGAGUUUGAUCCUUAUUCUUUCACUGAUGUGUGUUCAAUUUGUUAAAUAAGAGAAAGAAUAAGGAUCAAAGUAUACAGAAUUGUUCUUGGUGGACGAUUAUCUAACUAAAGCAUUAUCAUGACCAUAUACUAGCAUAACAUUAUAAGUUGCCAAUACCUGGCAAUCCUAAAAAAUAUUUUGCUAAGAAUUGAGCAUAAGUCUUUAAAAAUGCGAACAUAAUGUGAGUAAUGUGACAUUUCCAACAAAAAGGGCACUUAUUGUCGGUUGUCAAUAAGGUGCUAUUUCCACAUACCUUCAAUUUGAAAUCAAUCUUAUCGACAACGGUCAAUGCGGUACCUUUUGAUUGAAAACGUCACAUAUUCUUAAGCGUCGUAUUACUGCCUAUUUUCCCUACACCUAAAGAAGGAUUUGUUAGGAUGCAAUUUUAGUAAUAAUGGUAAAAGUGACCAAGGUGUUGUAUCAUCAGCAUCGAUAGUAAGAUGCCAUGAAUAUUCGGCAACUAUUUUGUAUCCGGCCUUUUCGACCAUUUAGCCGAAUAUUCGGUAUUCGGCCUAUUCGGUCAUUUUGUCGCAUAUUCGGUAUUCGGCUGUAUACCGAAUAUCUGUUGCACCUGCUAAAUAGAAAAAAUACACAAUAAAAAUAACCAAAACUAAGUAUAUUUAAUAUUUAAAAUGUAUUAUUGGAAAGAUGUUAAAUACGAAAACCCUUUUUGAGCAUUUGUUGCUUGCAGAAUAUUUUAUUUUUAUCAUGUAUCUGAUUUGAUGGACUCCGACUACAUUCAUUUAUUCUGUUCAACAAAAAAUAUAAUAAUUGUGACUUAAAAUGUUCGCAUGUCAUGCCGAAUAUUCGGCACUUUGGCCCAGAACGGUGCCAGAUAUUCAGUAUUCGGCCAAAACCACUAUUCGGGGCAUCUCUAAUCGAUUGAAGUGGAUGAAACAACGCUCCAAAGUAACUGCCAUUUGAAAUUAUUUUCCAAAUGGAAAUAUAUCUCUACAGUCCGCGUUCUUGUUAAGAGUAUCUGUUACAGCCUAAUUGUUCUACAUACAGGGACUUAAUUAUUUUUUUAAGCUAUUAGAAAAAUAUUUUUUAAGCGUAGUCAUAUUUUGAUGCUGGCUGUACCAACCUUAGAAAUGUACGGUGUAGGUCAAAUAGCCUCAAAAUCAAUAAUUAUCAUCUUCCUCGCGUUGUCCCGGCAUUUUGCUACGGCUCAUGGGAGCCUGGGGUCCGCUUGACAACUAAUCCCAAGAAUUAUCAUAGGAACUAGCCUCAAAAUCAAUCUGGAAGCAAUUUAAUAUGUAACAGUUACAUGUACAGUUUACACGUAAGUAGAGUUAGUAUAGACAGCCAAAAUGUUAAGCAUUUUAGUAAUUUGUUGAUAUGUAUACUUAAACUUAACCCCAAUUUAAUUAAUCGAAGCAGAGUUCUUAAAUCGCAUUGAAGAGUUUCUUGGAGUGCUCAAUAUUUACAUGGGCCGGCAAUAAAAUUAAAAACCUUUUAUAUGUCCGUAUGUUUUAGGGCUGAAUGAGUUAACUAAUAAUACAUAUUGAUAGGGUUUGAAUGCAGCUUUGAGUAAGUAAUGGCAAAUAUACAAUUAUAAUUUCAAGCAUUUUUAUAUAUUUAUAAUUGUGGAUUUGUAAUUGUUUUACAUGUAAGAAUUGACCAUAUGUGACCGCGGCCGACUUAACGUCCCACUUUGUCGCUUGCCAUAAAGACACCUUCUCAGGUUAUUCGUAUAAAGAUACAAGCAAAUCUCGUCAAUCGUUUGUCGUUAUGGCAAGCGACAAAGAGGGACGUUCUGCCGGCCGUGGGCACAUAAGUAUUUGGAAAUACAUAAACACAGUACAUUCAUUCAGAGUUACGUAGAAGCAGUCUAAUAAGGUUUACAGUUACACACACAUUAAUUCAUUGGUAAAUUCAAACCUAAUAUGUUGUGACUGUGUGUGUGUCGUUCUUGCACUUUCUGCUAUUUUUUCGAAGCGUAAAGCUCAGAUAAAUUCUUUUAUUAAGUUAACUAAUAUGUCAUCGCAAAAAGCAAUGAUAUAUGUAAACAUUAAAAUAUACACAUAUUUUUCUGGCUAAUUUUACUUGUGGUUGAGAAGAUAAUAGAUAAUUCAUGACAUGUAAAUAAGUCCUACCUACGGGUUCUGAAUAAAUGGCAACGAUGUGUUUUCCUUUUUAAUCUAUGUAGAUGAAGAACAUAUUAUUAAGAACCGGAGAUAAAAAAUAAUAAUUUGUGAAGGUAAUUUGAUAGUUUUUUAAUAUAUCUACUACUAAAACCUGAAGGAUAAUUUUAUGGUUCACAGAUUAGUUAAGCAAAGUUUGUAAAGAUAUUAGUGUUGGAUUAAGUCUAUAGUGACAUUAGUGACCUUGUUAGGCAAGGAUUUAGAACAUGAAACUAAAGAUAAAAGCUAAACAAAGAAAGACGCCCAAACAUUGACACAAUUUUUAAAAUUGUCUGUGAUAUUUGACUCUAGACCGAGUUGAAAAAUUUAUUUGCACUUAUUAGUGCUCAUUACAAACUUAAAUAGGCUACUAACUUAUUUUUAUAGAAAUUAUUUAAUGUCCAUGAGGUGUAUUUUAUGCGCUUAUAUAUUUAUAUAAAAGUAGCGUUUUAUAAUUAUUGUAAUAACUAUUUAUGUACGAUUUUAAAACUAGAGAUAAAUAUGUUAAAAAUUAAUUACUGCAAUAAUGAUAAUGUAACGUAUUUUUGUAUAUUUUAAACGUAGAUCAUCAUGCGAAGUGCUUUAUACAAAAUAAAAAAGUAUAAAAUAUUG